AUGGCAGAACAAGCAUUCCUCAACUCCAGCUGUUGCAGACUCCUGUUAAAGAAGAUCCCAGAAACGAGAUACAGUUUAUUUUGUGGAUCUAGGACUAAUGGAAAAAGUUCACACAUACGGAAGUCACUGAGGACAAUCGGAAAGCUGAUCAAUGGCUCAGAGAAGAGAAAGGAGAACAUUCCUACAAAUCCACGGUCACCGCUUGGAGUCUCAAAUAAUUUCAGUGGUGUGAAGUCGCCACACACAACCAACGCUAAAACACUGAGAAGGCAAUCACUCACAGGUGUAAUGCCAUCAGGAACUGAAAGAUCACGUAGAUCCUCAAUAGGAGGAAAUCCAAUUGAGAAUGGUGAAAGUGGUGUAAGAACUGCAAAGACACCUCCUCCACUGUGCGUUCAUCAUCAAAGAUAGGGAAGAAGAGGACGUAACUAAAGAGUAUUGAAGAAUAACACGUUCCCUUG